AUGAAGACAUUAGGCGUCACAUUGGAGCUCGCAGGGAAAACGAAUCAAAUCCUGGCAGACACGGACGCCCAAGUCAGCAAUCAGAAGUUGCAGUAUUUUACGGAAAAGCCAAUCAUCAAAUUUGACGCUCCUGUGUUCAACGAAAUUGCGGACUUACCCAUGUACGCAUUUCCACCAUCGAACGUUAGUCAGAGAAACAAAUGGGCGCUUGAUUGCGUGCUCGAAUGGAACGGGUCGUCUAACGACAAUGAUCUUACAGCUGUAAAGACUUCGGCAAAUAAUUUCAACGGAAGCACUGAUUGGAGUGACCAUUGGGACGGCAAGUACAAUGACCAUGUGAAAGGAUUGAUAGCGAAAGAGAUGGAGACGGGCAACUACCAAAACUUACCACAACCGUUCGGCCCGUCGAGCUCGUGGCAAGUGGCGUACACAAUGCAACUUGCAAUUGUGCCCGCCGGCGAUAAGUGGCACAUUGUCAAACACCUCAUUUUCGACGAGUUACAGAAGCUUGUGAAAGUGGAAGCAGAACUCGCGCGUGGCUCUGUAUACUGCCAUUCGUGGUGGUCUCACAACCCUUAUAACACGAAAAAGAUAUUCCAGAAAAUCUUCGAAGGGCUUGGUGGGUUCCAGGUUCGGCACGGCAAAUGGGCAGGAGAUAGCGACGAGAAGAAGCCUGUUGAUUUCAGCAAAAUCGCAGCCGGCUGUGCGUUUAUGCGAAAGAUGAGGCCGUCCUCAAACAACGAAGGGCAAUUCGCAGAGUGGGUGGACAUCUGGACCAAGAAGCCAGAGAGCCCAAUCUUGGAUUGGUCAGAAGCAGAGUGCAGAUCGUUUUUGGAAUGUUGUGCGAGAGGCGUGUCCACGGCCAGGACGAUUGACUUCAAUUUCACCACUUACAAGGAUUUGAAACCGUGUUUCUUGGACUUGGUGCUGAAAGAUAAGAUUGCGACGCAUACAGAGCAUGGAAUUCUAUGGGUCGGAAUUUCGGAACGCGGUAAAAGCUUGCGUUCAAGGACGCACGGUUUCAUGGUGUCCAAUCAUUGGAUAGCGACAGAGAAAAGGGAUGACAUGCAACCUGCUGUGGCGACGGCCAAAUUUAUUGAUAUGUUCAGAGGCGAAAGAAACACCGUGUUCAAACCGUGUAUAUUUGAUGACGGAAAGUUCUAUCAGCUCGGCGCCGACGUUGUGAAAGCUUUGUUGUACCCCGCGGAGGUAGACGCCCUCCUAUACGCCAGAUGGGGUGGAUCUGGAUUCGACAUGUAUUCGUGCCGCCAGGCAGUAAGUCAACAAUUCGACAGCAAAUUGGCCAAGAAAUUUGCACGGAAAGAUAAGAUCUCCGACAAGGAUUGGCAGAAGCUUAUUAUGCCGUCAAUUGAUAAAGAAGCAGACGAAGAGGACUGGGUAGCAUUCAGGCGUCGUUUCCACACCAUCGUCGUCACUCGCGACGGCAUCAUCCACCGCAAUGCUACCAAGGAGUUAGUGGACGUCCCCGUUAUCCAUUGGUCGGACGGCGAAGAGAUGGAUAUAUUCAAACCGGAGGACGUGCAAGAGAUGCAGCGCAUUCUAGCAAUGAAGGCAGAGCCUCACAACGGAUGCGAGUUUGACCUGACUGCUGAUACGCCCGAGAGGAAGCGUCACAAGGCAGAGGAACUAGAGUGUCCUGGCGCACCCAAGAAAGAGAAGAACACGGCCGAGGCAGAGCUAGCCGACGAAGACGCGGACAUGGAGAGAGC